AUGACAUCUUCUAACCACCCAGAUCAUAUCAUUGCCAACGUUUUUGUCCGAGUCCAGGCUGAAAAAGAAUUCAAGGCCAGUCAACCUACAACCUCUGAUACGCAACAAGCUCAUGUUUCCAAGCUUGCAUCUUCUUUACCAGAUUUUGGAAACACUGUUAUCCCUAAGCAGAUGCUAGUAAGCAAUUACAGACCUUGGCAAGCUCAUCUUAUUAGCAGGUGAAGGAAUUUGGUGGAGAACGUGUGAGAAUGGAGACAUUGAGUUUUUUGAUGCAAAGGGAAAUCAUGAAGCAGUUCCUCAAAAGGACCAACCUUGCACCACUUUCGCUCCAGCAACUUCAAGAAAGAGGAGGCUUACUUGAAAAGCUGCUGGCAAACAUGUUUGGAGAGAAAAGUACAAUUGCCAAUCAAAGUGCUUCAGAUUGA